AUGGCUAAAAAUGAGAAGAAUGAAAAUAACGUGCAGGAGAACGAGCCAUCUGAGUCGUCAGACGUAAACAAUCAGCUGUCCACUGACGACAGCGUCUUCAGAGAGAAGACAGACGCAUUCAUCCAGAAACAGGUCGCAGUCAUGAGCCAGAAUGAUCAGCAGAGAUACGAGACAUUCAGAAGAAGCAACUUUGUGAAGGGGGCAGUAAAGAAAUACAUAAACCAAAUUAUUGGGCAGGCAGUGAAUCCAAAUAUCGUGAUUGGGGUGAGUGGGCUUGCAAAGGUGUUUGUUGGAGAGCUAGUGAUGGAGGCGAUUGUGGUUCAGAAGGAGGCUGGUCAUACUGGGCCACUGAUGCCGACGCACGUGCACGAGGCAAUGAGACGAAUUGAAAAGCGAAUUCCAAACACAGAGAUAAGGACGAGAUCACCUUGGGACCAUGGAAUAUGA